CCCCCUUCCCACAUCCAACACCAUGGCGAGCUUAGCCGGAGUCAUGCUCGCCAAAACCUCAGAUGAUCCUUCGCCCAGCCCUCUCCACAUCACGCCGCACGACAGCAAGUUCUACGCCAGGCUCCUCUCCAAGGAGGACGACGCCUCCUUGUCCACCACCCCUUCCUUCGGCGUCUACGAUGGCGUCGCACCCGGCUCCGUGCCCUUCGAUUGGGAGUCGCAGCCGGGCACUCCCAAGCCCACCGCCGUCGCCCUGGCGGAACCGCUCCCUCCUAUCAACCCACCACCCUCCUCCUACUUCCACCCCGUUCUCAGGAAGGCUAAGCUGGUCAGCAAGAAGCGAAGGGUCAACCCAUCCUCCCGGUUCACCUUCCUCGCCACCCUAUUCCGAAAGCUCACGCCGAGGAAGUCACCUUCAUCGCCCGUCUCCUCCUCGUUCACGUCGUCCCCGUUCUCCCGACUGGAGUCGCCCCGUUCUCGGCGGAGGUCGUCCUUCUCUUCCAAGGGCGACGACGAGGAGGAAGAUGUCGGUGAUGGCUCCACGAGAUCCGUCCUUUGCUUUCGGCUACAGCGGUCUCCGCGCAUCACGCUGUUCCGCCAUUCUCGCGACAACUGCUCCAGUUUGAUCGCUGGGAACUGAAGCCUUGUGUUUACUACAUCACCAAUCCUCAUUCUCCUCUUCCUCCACAUAGCUUACUGGAAGCCAUGAGGAUGCAUGUUGCUUUGCCGGAUCGUGAAGUGAGAUACCAUGUGGAGUCGUCAGCCGACACUGUGAGCACAAAAAGACUACUGGAUCUGGUGACUUCCAUCCGGUUUCCCAGAAAGAAGUAAUUGCGUUUCCAUGGAGUGCAAUCUAAUCCACCGUAGGGCAUGGCAGGAAGCAAUAUAUAAGCUUGCAUAGCAAAUGAAGUACCUAUUCUGUUGUUUAUAUGCUUGUCAAGA